ACAAGAACAAGGACCAAGUGUGGAAGGUCUUAAUGUACAAACAAAGUCUAUUUUAGAGGUUUCCUCUAUCAUAAAGAAGAAACCAAAUCAAUCUAAAAAAAGGCCUUGGGGCCAAAAAAGGAAGUUUGGGAGCUCAGAAACUGGCAAAUACAUGCUUUAAUGAAAUUGAAAAACAAGCUCAAGCUGUGGAUAAAAUGAAGCAGCAGGAAGACCUGGCCAAGGCAGCACCUAAAGAAGAAUCAAUUGUUUCAUCACUACGGUUAGCCUAUAAGGAUCCUGAAAUUCAGAUGAAGAAAGACAAAAAGAUGAACAUGAGUGGCAAAACACACGUUGACUCAGACAGACUUGGCAUGGGGUUUGGAAACUGCAGAGGUGGUAUUUCACAUUCAGUGGCUUCAGAUAUGCAGACCAUAGAACAAGAAUCACUCAUCGUGGCAAAACCAAAAAAAAAGUAUAAUGAUGACAGUGAUUAUUCAUAUUUUACUUCCAGCUCAAGGUACUUUGAUGAACCAGUGGAGUUAAGGAGCAGUUCUUUCUCUAGCUUGGAUGACAAUUCAGAUUCCUACUGGAAAAAAGCCAGCAAAGAUACUGAAACCAUUCUGAAGACCACAGGCUAUUCAGAGAGAUCUACUGCUCGCUGCAAGCCAGAUUAUGAGCCAGGUGAAAAUACAGAUGAGGCCCAGAAGAAGUUUGGGAAUGUCAAGGCCAUUUCAUCAGAUAUGUACUUUGGAAGACAAGCCCAGGCUGAUUAUAAGACGAGGGCCCGCCUUGAGAGACUCUCAGCAAGUUCCUCCAUAAGCUCGGUUGAUCUGUUCGAGGAGCAGAGGAAGCAGGCAGCAGGGAACUGCAGCCUCUCCAACGUGCUGCCCAACAUCCCCGACAUGGCGCAGUUCAAGCAGGGAGUGAGGUCCGUCGCUGGGAAGCUCUCCAUCUUUGUUAACGGAGUUAUGACUUCCAUUCAGGAUCACUACGAUUCUUAAUACUGAGGUCAUGAUGUGUAUUUCCCGGAGAAACUCCCCUUUAAAUGAACCAGUGACCACAUCACAGGUGGCGAUGAAGACCAGAUUGUUUUGCUACUUUUUCGUAUGGUAUAUGAUUCUGAUUCUUAGUAUUCCUUUCGAGAAAUUCUGUGUUCUGAUGUAGUAGGAGCUUCACUGUGAUUUCUGUUUCACGUUACUUCCCACCAUGCCCUCCUUUUGGCAUCUCUGAGUAUAUCCUUGCUUUAUUUUCUUGGAACCUUUGGUUUCAACAC